AUGGACACGUCAGAGUAUAAUUUCAAAAUACAACAACUUUUAUCGGACGUAAGUACAUACAAAAAGGUCAAAAUAGACCCUACAACUAAUACACUCAAAACAACUACUGAUUUAAUAAAGAGAUACUCCGAAAAAUUAAAUCUUGACGUGAAUUCAACAAUACCAUCGUGUGCCAAACCACCGAGGUUGUAUGGGUUACCGAAAAUACACAAACCAAACGCUCCACUACGUCCUAUAGUAAGCCAGAUCGAUUCACCAACUUAUAAGUUGGCUCAACACUUGGCGAAAAUACUGUCACCACUAAGAGGACAUACCAGAGCACACACAAAGGAUUCAUACCAAUUUGUUAGUGAGAUUAAAGACCUACAUCUCGCUGACAAUGAAACUAUGGUCAGUUUUGAUGUUCAGUCACUAUUCACAUGCCUACCUAUUGAAGACUGCAUCUCAAUUGUUACUAGAAAGCUAGAAGAUAACAACAUGCCUACAGAAUAUGCAGUAUUACUCAAACACUGCCUCACAUCUGGCUAUUUAUUGUGGAAAGAAGAGUUCUACAUGCAAGUAGAUGGAGUGGCAAUGGGCUCACCUGUAUCUCCCGUAGUCGCCGACAUAUUCAUGGAGGACUUUGAGGAGAAAGCCCUUCUUACUGCUCCUGUAAAUCCAAGAUUCUACAAGCGGUACGUAGACGAUACUUUCACAAUUUUACCAUCUGACAAAGUAACUGCAUUUUUAAACCACCUUAAUUCCAUAAACCCUAAAAUACAAUUCACAAUGGAGUUAGAGGCAAACAAUACUUUAGCUUUUCUAGAUGUUUUAGUCAUCCGAAAUCCUGAUAACACUAUUGGUCAUACUGUGUACAGAAAAAAUACCCAUACAUACAUAAACACUCACGCCUGUCACCCAGAGGGGUAG